AUGAACGUCGACGAGGGAAGAGCCAGCAGAUUCGGCACUACGAUCCACAUAACAGCCCUCGACGGGAUCGUCAAUGUGAACUCAUUAUUCACUCUGGCGGUUUUCAUCGGGUUAGCUUGGCAACCCACCGAUCCAAGCAAUAGUCUCAUCGUUGACCCAAAAUGCGUGGCUGGCCCAAAGAUAGCCGAGGACCUCAUCUGCUUCCAUGUCUACUCCUUCAGCUCCUUCCUCUUCUCCAGCCUUGUUGCUUUGAGCCUCAAACAAGCCAUCCGGAUCGCCAAAACCUCGUGCGAGACUCGCCACCUAAUGAUCUUCAGUUUUGACAUGUGUCAUAUUAACAAGAACGCUCUCCGGGUCGGGUAUUUAAUUUCUGCUGUGGGUUCGGUUUGUGGGUGUGGAUUCUUGAUGAUGGCUCUUGUCAAUGUGGCUCAGAUCAAGCUUGGGACUUUAGGGUGUGGGAGUUCGCAUACUUAUGCUGCUGUAAUUCCUCUUCUGACUUUUGUUCCUUUGGGGCUUUUGACAUAUGUUUUCUUUGUCUUGUUUGCUUUCACUCGUUAA